AUGCGGCAAAUCAUCGGGGUCGCGGUUCUCCUCGUCGGCGCACCGUCCCCCUCGUAUCGGUCCGCCCCUCGGGGCGGCCGCAGCGGCUGGUGGGGAGGUCGCAGUCGCGGCCGUGGUGGCCCGAACGAGCCUGCAGCGGCUCCUGUCCCCGUGCCUGCCGUCGAGCGCGCCCUGCCUCUCCAGCCCAUGAUGGCGGCGCAUGCGUACCCCGUCGUCCCGUGGUUCCCUCUGGUUGUCGGAAUGGAAUUCAUGGGGGCGGGAGGAGGAGCGGGGAGGGCGCCGUUCAUCCCCCCGCGCCGCAUUGCUGUUUUUGCUCUUGGCGAUCCCGCUCUUCCCCGUAAUCGGGCUGAGGGAUCCUUCCCUCGGCAGGUCGAGUACCUGGGCCAGGUCAUCCUCGGGGACCUGCCACAGGUCCCCGAGGCUCAUUUCUCUUCUUGCAUGCGCCUUCCCUCUCAAUCCCCUGUGUUUCUCUCAUUCCGUUCACCUUCUCUCUCAUUCCCCUCUUUUUCUCUUCUCUUGUGCUCCUUCUCCUUCAUUCCCCUCUGCUCCUCUCCUCCCUUGCGCCUUCUCUCUCAUUCCCCUCUGUUCCUCUUCUCGCGUGCGCCUUCCCUCUCAUUCCCCUCUGUUUCUCUCAUUUCGUGCGCCUUCUCUCGAAUUCCCCUCUCUUUCUCUUCUCCUGUGCUCCUUCUACUUCAUUCCCCUUUGCUCCUCUCUUCCCUUGCGCCUUCUCUAUCAUUCUACUCGGUCUCUCUUCUUGCGUACGCCUUCCCUCUCAAUCCCCUCUGUUUCUCUCAUUCCAUGCGCCUUCUCUCUCAUUCCCCUCACUUUUCUCUUCUCCCGUGCUCCUUCUCCUUCAUUCCCCCCUGCUCCUCUCCUCCCUUGCGCCUUCUCUCUCAUUCCAUGCGCCUUCUCUCUCAUUCCCCUCACUUUUCUCUUCUCCCGUGCUCCUUCUCCUUCAUUCCCCCCUACUCCUCUCCUCCCUUGCGCCUUCUCUCUCAUUCCCCUCAGUUUCUCUUCUUGAAUGCGCCUUCCCUCUCAUUCCCUUGUUUCUCUCAUUCCGUGCGCAUUCUCUCCCAUUCUCCUCUCUUUCUCUUCUCCCGUGCUCCUUCUCCUUAA